AUGGACAAGAAGCGUUCCAUUAUUGGCCGGCUUGGGGGAAAGGCGUCCCCCCACCUCUCACCAAAGGAGCUGACGUUCACCCCCGAGACCCGACUCCCGCGGCCCCUCGGUGUCCCGGGCGCGGCGGGGCAGGAACGGCCACCGCGCCCUCUGGGACCGCGGGGAUCGCCUUCGGAGCUGCACGGUCGCGCACACUUUGAAGUGCGGCCGGGCCUAAUGAGGGGCUUUCUGGGCGGCUGGAUCAAGUGUCAGGGCCGCCCCCAGACGCCGCUCGGCUGA